AGGAUUCAAAUAUAGCUUUCAUCCAUGUGUUUUAUAAAAUAAUAAAAAAAAAUAAAAGAAUAAAUGAAAAGAAUAGUGUGGUAUAGUUUAUAUAAGUGUGUAUGAAACCAUUCAUGAACAUGUUUUGUGUAAAAACAAAAGCAGGUGGGUCAAAUGAUCAGGUUCGUUGAUAGAGAGCCUCUUAUCUGAAAUGAUACGAACGAGGAAGUCUCUUUCACACGGCAAUGGAGAACUCGCAAGCAGCACUUCUGACGCUGGGGUUCCUGCUGUUUCUAAAAGGAUGUGAAACUUUGGCAUCAGAACACACUACAAACCUCGCUGUGGGUGUUGGAGAGGAUGUGCAGCUGGAGAUUAAUCCACUUGUAGCUGUAUUUUCAGUAAACUGGUAUUUUGCAUAUACAGGCCUAGCUAUUGUGACAUGGAACGGUUUCUCUGAGACUGUAAACCCUCAAUAUCAGGGUAGAGUCGAGCUGAAUAAAAACACAGGAACACUGACGCUCAAAAAUGUAAACCGAAGUGACUCUGGAGAUUAUUUGUAUCAGGCUGUAAGCACUGCAACAGGACAUCCGGUACAAUAUAAUGGAAGCAUUGCCUUGAAUGUUUAUCAACGCAGUACAAACCUCGCUGUGGGUGUUGGAGAGGAUGUGCAGCUGAAGAUUAAUCCACCUGUAGCUGUAUUUUCAGUGAACUGGAAUUUCGGAUCUACAGGCCCAGUUAUUGUGACAUGGAACGGUAUCUCUGAGACUGUAAACCCUCCAUAUCAGGGCAGAGUCGAGCUGAAUAAAAACACAGGAACACUGACGCUCAAAAAUGUAAGCCGAAGUGACUCUGGAGAUUAUUUGUCUCAGUAUGUAAGCAUUGCAACAGGACAUCCGGUACAAUAUAAUGGAAACAUCGCCUUGACUGUUUAUCAACCUGUCUCCCAACCCACAGUCCGCUCCAAUGUGACUGAUCCAGUGGAGUUCAAUGACACUGUCAGUUUAACCUGUACAGCCUCUGGCUCUGCCGUUUCCUACCGAUGGUUCAAUGGCAGCUCUGUGGUUAGUGACAGUGAGCGGAUUCGUCUGAGUGAUGACAAUAAAACACUGACCAUACCCAGGGUGUUGAGAUCUGAUCAUGGGACCCUGUAUUGCUAUGUGUUUAACCCUAUUAGUAACAGCACCAGCGAGGCGUUUCAUCUCAUCGUGAGCUAUGGACCAGAAUCCCUCACUCUGUCUAUCAGCACCCAAAAGCCGAUCUAUAGUGCAGGAUCAGACCUCACUCUGUCCUGCUCUGCACAGUCCAGCCCACCUGCUCACUACCAAUGGUUCUUUAAUGGAGCCCCUCUUAACAAACUGGGCUCACAGCUGAAUAUCAAUCACAUUCAACACAAUCAGACUGGAAACUAUACCUGCUGGACUUAUAACAAUAUAACCCUCAAAUAUGCUAAGGAAACAGGAGAGAUUAUUGUUGUGGAGCUGAUAACUCAUGUAAAUGUGAAACCCAGCCUUGCACAGCCAAUAGCAAACCAGGCUCUAAACCUGACCUGCGAGGUGUUUGGAUCACAGGCUGUUUCCUCAAGGCUCUGGCUGAAGGACGGUCAGCCCUUGUCCGCUAGUGACAGAAUAACAUUAUCUGUGGACAGCAGUGUAGUCUCCUUCAACCCAGUGCUGCAGUCUGAUAAUGGAGAAUAUCAGUGUAAAGCUAUUAACCCUGUAAUUGAUGUGACGAGCGCUAGAUACAGAUUGGAGGUCUAUUACGGACCAGAGCAGGUAUCUAUUACAGCACCAGACUCAGCAGCUGAAGGCUCAUCUGUAACAUUCACAUGUUCAGCUCAGUCUAGCCCCCCUUGUAAUUACACCUGGUAUUUCAAUGGGAAUGAGACUGCCCAGAGCUCGCAAUACAAGAUAGCUUCUGUAAGCAAUGCUGAUAGGGGAAGUUACACCUGUGUAGCCUGGAACUCAGUGACUGGAAGAAACACUUCUGUGGUAAAGGAAUUUAUUGUGACUGGUUUGGGGUCCUUGUCUUCAGGAGAGAUCGCUGGAAUUGUCAUCGGCACACUUGCAGGGGUCACUGGCGUUGCUCUUGGGGUGUAUUUCAGUGUAAAGCUAUGCAGGAACAAUCCACAUGAUCUCAAACCUGGUCCAGCUCAGAGCAGUCCAGGUUCUGUCAUUUAUGAAAACUUCGAGGGGCCGAGUGCAUCAGCAAUGUAUGAGAACCCAACUGCUAUCCGGAGAGCAGGCGAAGCAAAAAACCCGGACAGCACAUACACAGGCUUACAGUUUCCUGAUCAGUCCACAUACAGCACCUUGAACAGACCCUGAUUCAGGAAACAUCACAUCAGCCGUACAGCCUGUGACCUCAAGAGUAUUUCUGAAAGUUUUUAUUUAAAUAUUUCUACUACUUCUGCUUCCUGCACCUAAUGACUGUUUCUGUUGUAUUUUUAUAAACACACACACACACACUGCAUUCACACACAC